AUGACUAGCCUCAUUUAUCCCGGAACCGGCACCGCCCCCCCCCCCCCCCCCCUCCCCCCCCAACCUCCAGCGUCAUAUUGCCGGCCGGGUUACCAUGCAGUCUGCUGCAGCGGGGCUGUGGCUGCGGCAUCGAUAGGCGGCGUCGUCUCAGGGUCUUCUUCGCUCGCCUCGGCACCGCCGGCCCAGUUCACGCCCAACCCGCGUGUCGGGCCCGGGGGCACCAAGUACAAGGACUCUGCGCACUUCCGCGUGUACGGGGCGACAAACGACUCGUUGGCCGACGGGGCUAUUGGCAUGCUUGAGGCCGCGUAUGCGUGCUUCGUCGACGGGCUCGGGUGGCGCAGCCCCGGGCUGAGCUUUAAGCAAGACACGGACGACGGGCCGUGGAACAAGCUCAACGUGUAUCAGGUCGACACCCUUCCCGGCGCGGCGGCCAACACGCCGACGGACCCGACGCUGGGUCUCGCGUGGCUCAAUGUAGUCAAGGACUACAUGGCGGAGCCGAGCGUGGUGGUGCACGAGUUCGGCCACGCCCUGACCUACUGCGAGCGCUACUGGAUCGACCAAGGCCGCACCGGUGCUUGGUGGGAGACGGUGGCCAACUUUGUCGCCGACACGUACAUCACGUCCAGCUACUGCGCCAGUUCCAGGGCCAAGUUCAAGCAGAAGGACAACGGCAACACCCUCAUCGACCUCAAAAAGGUCGUUGGCGACUCGUACCAGGUUAUCGUCGACGGCACAAGAGAUUCUGGGAAUUAUUAUCAGGCCUGGCCCUUCUUCACAUACAUGCACAACAACCCGGACAACAUCACGGGGUUGGGCCCAGCCAUGUUUCCGGCCGUGUGGGUGCGGUACAAGCGCAACAGCAACGAGACGCCGCUCCACGUGCUGGACCGCAUCGUGUCGCCCACCAAGAUCCAGACGGUCGUGGCGCGCUACUGGGCUCGCAUGGCCUUUGUCGACAUUGGUCACGCCAAGGCGCAGGCCCAGUUCGCAGGCCAGCGCAAGAGCCUCAACUAUGUCAACUGGGACGCUCAGGGCGGCACCGGAAAGUACCGCGUCAAGACCGCCCGGCGCCCGCGGUACAUGGGCGCCAACAUCACGCCGCUCAGGACGACGGCGGGCAGUCCUGUCGUGGCCGUCAACGUCACGGCGGCCUCGGCGCCGUUCACAGCCAUUCUGGCAAUCCGGGCUGGCGACGGGAGCGGAGCGGUUAGAUACGUAGAGCUGGCAAACGGCGUUGGGCAGGCGACGCUGGGCAGCGGCGAAGAGGCCAUGCUAGUCGUGGUCAACACGCCCGCCGCGCUCGUGCUCUUCGACCCGUUCAACCUGACGAGCGAGACCAACACAGGCGUCGACUACCAGGUCCAGCUCACGGGGGCAACCAUAUAG